AUGAUUGUGGGAGCAGAUAUGGGCCAUAUCGUCUGUGCUAAGGACGCCUCCACAUCAAUCAAGGCAUACUCUCCAGACGUCAUGGUUCACCCAUAUCUGCAAGAGUCUACGUCAGCGGCGCCGGGAGUCACGGCUAAGGAUCUUCUUCCCAGAGCCACCAGCAUUCUGGAUCGGGUGCAUGUCAUUGUUGUGGGACCUGGCAUGGGUCGAGACAAGCUGAUGAUUGAGACUGUCACGGGAGUCAUUGAGGCUGCGAAACAGAAGAACUUGCAUAUUGUCAUCGACGCCGACGGCCUCUUCCUGGUCCAGAACAAUCCCGACAUCAUCAAGGGCUACAGGCGAGCGGUUCUCACUCCCAACGUCGUGGAAUUCAAGAGACUUCAGGACAGUGUUGGUCUCAAGCCCCAGGGCGAAGGCGACGUCACUAAGCUGUCCCAGGCCUUUGGAGGUGUGACCAUCCUGCAAAAGGGUCAGGUUGACCGUAUCUCCAACGGCUCAGAGACUCUGGUUUCAGAUAUCCAGGGGGGUCUCAAGCGAGUCGGAGGACAGGGAGACACUCUCAGUGGGUCUUUGGCCACCUUUUUGGCCUGGAAGAAGGCCUACCAGGACAAUCUCUGGGAACAUAGCGAGGAGCUCGCCGAAGAUAAGCUCAUGACCAUUGCUGCUUAUGGUGCUUCCAGUAUUACUCGAAAGACCUCCCGACUGGCUUAUGAGGCCAAGGGACGAGCCAUGCUGACUUCGGACCUCUCCAAGCAUCUGGGGGACGCUUACGUGGAGCUAUACGACAAUGACAGUAAGUUGUAG